UUGACGAUCCAGUGAUCAGUCGGAAACCUUGUUUAUUUUUUUUUCAAAAUAUAUGUAGAUCUAAAAAAUGUAACAGAUACGUCUGAAAGAGGGAAACUUAAGUUUCUCAUUAGGCUGAAAAGAACAAAUUUGUUGCCAUUCAGGAUUAUAGGGCAGAAAAGAGAAAUGCUUUGCAUAUAUAUUGUGAGUUUCGUGGAGUGUAAAGUAAUUUACAAUGGAAAAAAGCGAAAGUCCAAACAAUAAGUCAGAACAGACAGAGAUUCCUGAAGAAAAGACAGAAACAAAGCCUGAUGAAAAGGAUGAACCAAAGCCAGGAUGUAGUAAGCAAGAUGAGUCAGCCGAGAAGGCAGGACGAACUGGAAACAAUGACAGUGGAAAUUGUUACUGUGGUAAGGAAAGGAACCCAAAUAUCGUGGAGCUGCUUUGUGCCAGCUGUUCACGUUGGUUCCACGAGUCCUGCAUUGGAUAUCAGCUGGGCAAGCUUGUGCCAUUCAUGGUAAACUACACAUUCAUAUGCAAAAAUUGUUCACAAACUGGUUUGGAAUAUUACAAGAAAAAUCAAGCAUCAUUCCCGCAGAUGUGCGUGACGGCGAUUGCGAAUCUGCUACAGAUGAGUCAAAAGAAGAACGAGCAAAGGAAUCUUUUCCACAAGGACAGAGAUAUCAUACCAUUUAUCGAUUGUCAUUGGGAAAGUAUGACCACAAUGCCCCGUAGAGUCACUCAAUCUUGGCACGCUACGAUUCAUAGGGCACUGCUGAAAGAUGUUGGUACCCUCUUUACGAUGGACGAGAGCACUUCCGAAGGUCAAGUAUUUGGUCUAAUCAGCCCUGAAUUCACAUCGAUCAAACCGAACUACGAAGCAAUGAUCAAAGGUGGCCAGCUUAAAGUCACCGAAAUGGGCAUACAACAUGUUGUGCCUCUGAGUGGCGGAUGGCGAGGUCGUAGUACGAAACGCAAGAUCCCGGGUGAAGGAACGGGCACAAGCUCCGGGAAAAAAGGAAGAGGAUCCGACAUGGCAGCACCCAAGUUGCCAGCACAUGGUUAUCCGCUAGAACAUCCUUUCAAUAAGGAUGGCUACAGGUAUAUCUUGGCGGAACCGGAUCCUCAUGCACCUUUCCGACAGGAGUUUGACGAAAGCAGCGAUUGGGCUGGCAAACCCAUACCUGGAUGGCUGUAUCGCGCUCUUAGUCCGAGCUCGGUGUUGUUAGCGUUACAUGACCGUGCUCCGCAACUCAAAGUCUCCGAGGAUAGGCUAGCGGUCACCGGCGAGAAGGGACACUGCAUGAUCAGAGCAACUCACUGUGUAAGCAGAGGCACUUGGUAUUGGGAGGCCACGAUUGAAGAAAUGCCAGAAGGAUCAGCCACGAGGCUCGGGUGGGGACAAGAAUACGCGAACUUGCAGACUCCGCUUGGUUAUGAUAAAUUUGGUUAUUCUUGGAGAUCACGGAAAGGCACGCGAUUUCACGAGAGCAGGGGUAAGCACUAUAAUGACGGUUACAGCGAAGGUGACACGUUGGGCUUCUUGAUAGUCCUUCCGAACGCGCACGACGCAUCGCACAUACCAAAAACUUACAAAGACCGGCCUUUAGUGAAAUUCAAGAGUCAUCUUUAUUACGAAGAAAAAGAUCAAGUGACGGAGGCGGUAAAGGCCCUGAAGCCGUUAGAAGGCAGUAAGAUCAUAUUCUAUAAGAACGGCAUCAACCAAGGCGAUGCUUUCCACGAGCUUAACAAGGGCGCCUACUAUCCUGGAAUUGCGAUUUUCAAAAGCGCGACUGUAUCCGUUAACUUUGGACCAAACUUCAAAUGCCCGCCGACAAAUGUGACAUUUAGAGGCAUGCACGAAAGAGCGGAGGAGGCGAUAGCUGAGCAAUCUAUGGCAGACAUGCUUUAUCUCAUAGAGAAUGAGGGAAAACUAAGACUGGACACCUUCUCUUUAUGACAUUAGUGCAUCAUUUUAUUUUUGUCACUUUCAUUAUUCAUUACACAGCUGCAUUGGUUGUAGCAUUGUUUGCACAACUUGUCGU